UGACACCAGUCGGAUUUGGAGGGUGUUUUUCGUAUGACAUUAUCACGUUGCUGUUUUAGCCUCUGGGAUCGAUCUACACCGAGGGCAAGACUAGAGCACUGGACACCACAUUUCCACCCUUUGAUUGUGUGGGACUUCUGAAGUUUAUCCAGGUCCCUGGAUGCCCCUCGGCGCCCAGCCCUUGGCCGCACAGUGCUUCCUGAUGGCCGGCAGUUGACCCCGCCCACUAGGAUGACGCUGCGCGAGCAGCUCAGAGAGAAGAUCUCUGCGGCCUUCUACCGCCACGGGCUGCUGUGUGCCUCCUACCCUGUGCCCAUCAUCCUGUUCACCUCGGCCAGCAUCCUCACCUGCUGCUACCCGCUUCUCCGGCUGCCUCUGCCCGGGACAGGCCCAGUGGAGUUCACCACAGGGGUGCGAGACUACAGCGCCCCCUCCUCUGUGCCCCAUGGGGAGCUGGGAGAGCGGCCAGACUGGUACCAUGGGCUCCCGGUGGCCUACAUCCAGCAGGUGUUGGUGAAGGCGGCUGUGUCUCCGUGGGACAGCAGCCUGGUGCCGGUGGACGCUUUCCGCUCCCCUCUGGGCCGAGUCUUCAGCCUGCUUGAGGAGAUCCGCAACCACGUCCACAGUGAUGGCUCGGGGGCACGCAGCCUGGAGAGUCUGUGUCUGCAGGUCACUGAUCUGUUGCCGGGGUUACGCAGAAUGCAGUCAGUCCUACCGGAGCAUGGCUGCCUCCUGGUGUCUCCUGGGAACUACUGGCAGAACCAACGCGACCUGUUCGACACCGACCCUGACCUGCUCAAGACCAUCCACAAACAUGAGCCUAAGGGUCUGCACACCUCUGCCACACUCAGAGACCUGUUGUUUGGUGUCCCAGGAAAGUACACCGGAGUCAGCCAUUACAACAAGAGGAGGGUGGUAACCUACACCAUCACGGUUGUGCUGUCCAGAUAUGAUGCAAGCUUCCUGAACAGCCUACGCUCCCGCUUGAAGCAGCUGUACCCCUCGGCCAACUGCAGCCUGCGGGACGAUCACAUGGUCCAUGUGCACUUCAAAGAGGAGAUAGGAAUCGCUGAGCUCAUACCCCUGGUCACUACCUACAUCAUCCUGUUCGCCUACAUCUACUUCUCCACACGUAAGAUCGACAUGGUGAAGUCUAAGUGGGGGCUGGCGCUGGCUGCUGUGGUGACAGUGCUUAGCUCUCUGCUCAUGUCUGUGGGGCUCUGCACCCUGUUUGGGCUCACCCCAACGCUCAACGGAGGUGAAAUCUUCCCUUACCUGGUGGUGGUCAUCGGACUAGAGAACGUUCUAGUGCUGACCAAGUCUGUGGUGUCCACUCCUGUUGACCUGGAAGUCAAACUGCGCAUAGCCCAAGGCCUAAGUAAUGAGAGCUGGUCUAUCAUGAAGAACAUGGCCACGGAGCUGUGCAUCAUUCUGAUUGGGUAUUUCACUCUGGUGCCUGCCAUCCAGGAGUUCUGCCUGUUUGCUGUGGUGGGGCUGGUGUCAGACUUCUUCCUGCAGAUGUUCUUCUUCACCACGGUCCUCUCCAUAGAUAUCCGCCGCAUGGAGCUGGCUGAUCUGAACCGUCGUCUCCCGGCUGAAGCAGGGCUGCCUCCACCAAAACCCGGGCCUCUGCGAGCUCGGGAGGUCCCCCCUCCCUCCAGGCCAUCCCCCCACACCAUCACCCUGCAGACCCCCCCUCUGAGGAGCUUCCCCAGGCUGCCCAAGCGACUGCGCGUAGUCUACUUCCUGGCUCGCACUCGCUUGGCUCAGAGGAUCAUUAUGGCUGGUACAGUGAUCUGGAUCGGUAUCUUGGUGUACACUGACCCGGCCGGGCUGAGGACCUACCUGGCAGCGCAGGUGUCAGAGCAGAGCCCACUGGGAGAUCCAGGGGGAGGCGGCCUACCCCCUCACCUUGAUGUGGCUCCUGUAUUCCGUGGCGCUGAUCCAACCAGCACCCUGGGCGUUCACCCCCCUCCGGAGCCCACCCCUCUGCCUGAAAACCAGUCCGAGGGCCAUCACGCCGCUCCCAGGCUCGCCAUCCUCUCCCACUCGGCCCCUCCAGCUGUGCCCCAGAUCACAUGGGGUGCGGAGGAUGAGGAGGGCUGGAGGAGGCUGUCCUUCAGGCACUGGCCAUCGCUGUUUGGUUACUACAACAUCACUCUGGCUAAGAGGUACAUCAGUAUCCUGCCCGUGAUCCCUGUUACUCUGCACCUGAGCCCCCAGGAGGCCAUGGAUACCCGCCACCCACAGGACACCAGGCAUCCCCCUCCGACCCCUGCCCCACCUAAAGUGUCCCAGGACCUGCAGGCUGACAUCACCCUGUACAAGGUGGCUGCGUUGGGUCUAGCGGCUGGAGUCCUUCUCGUCCUCCUGCUCUUUUUUCUCUACCGCAUCCUCUGUCCUCGUAACUACGGUCAGAACGGAAUGGCCACCGGGAGGCACCGGCGAGGGGACCUGCCCUGCGAUGAUUAUGGCUACACCCCUCCUGUCAGCGAGAUCUCCCCCCUGCUGCUCCGAGGCCACAGCAUGGACAUCGAGUGUUUGGCCAGUGAUGGGAUGCUCCUGGCCAGCUGCUGCCUCGCGGGACAGAUCCGUGUUUGGGACGCCCAGACGGGGGACUGCCUGACUGUCAUUCCUAACAAUCCGCUGAGGCGCAGCAGUAGCAGCAGUGGGUGUUGGGAGCAGCGUGACGGAUGGGACAGCAGCACCACAGGUCCAGAGUCGGAAUGCCUGUGCUCCGAGGCCCAGGAUCUGUCCCUGGGAGGGGACGUCCCCUCUGAGGACGAGGGCUACCCGGUCAGGCGGCGCUCCACCCCGGUCCGCACAGCCUUGUUCGCCGACCAGCCCGACCUAACCCCGCUAAUAGACACUAACUUCAGCUUCCAGCCCACCACCAACUCCUCUGCCUGCCCCUCCUCUGACCCCUCCACCCCGCCCGCAGGAGGCUUCGAUUUCGGGGGCCUGGUGGAGCGGGCCUACCAGGAACACGAAUCGCCUUCCCCCUCUGCUUACCCCAGUCCCUCAUCAGCCUCGUCCUCCCCACCCACUGGAGCGAGCAUGCUGCUGCAGAGGAGAGCCAGCCUGGGGGAGACAGCCUCCAGCCCUCCCACACAGGACAGGGCACUGAUGGGAGGGGCGCAGGCCGACUGGGACAGUUCUGUGUGGGCCAUGGACCUCCGGGGGAACCUGAUCGCAGCAGGGAGGAGCAACGGCAAACUGGAGUUGUGGGACGCAGUGGAAGGGACGCUGCGCUGCAUUAAUGACGAUGGAGUCUCUGGAAUCACAGCACUGGCUUUUCUCAACAACAGAAUUGUCGCAGCUCGUCUAAAUGGGUCUUUAGAUUUUUUCACUAUUGAAAUUAAUAAACCUCUGGGGCUCCUACAGUAUAGAGGUGCCCCGGGCCGUGCCGCCCUGCCCGCUUCGCCCUGUUACAGCAGUGAGGACGUGCUCAGCUGUCAGCUGACCCGCUCAGUGCAGUGUGCCCAUCAGAAGCCCAUCACUGUGCUCAAGGCUGCAGCAGGGAGAGUGGUGACCGGGAGCCAGGACCACACUGUCCGGGUUUAUCGCCUGGAGGACUCCUGCUGUCUCUUUACUCUCCAGGGGCACUCUGGAGGAAUCACAGCUAUUUAUAUUGACCAAACUAUGGUCCUGGCAAGUGGAGGGCAAGAUGGCGCCAUCUGCUUAUGGGACGUCCUGACAGGAAGCCGUGUCAGCCAUGUUUACGGUCACCGCGGCGACGUGACCUCGCUGGUGUGCACCACCACUUGUGUAAUCAGCUCUGGACUGGAUGACGUUAUCUGUAUCUGGGACAGAAGCACGGGGAUCAAGAUCUACUCCAUACAACAGGAGGUGGGCUGCGGGGCAAGUCUGGGCGUCAUCUCAGAGUCCCUGCUGGUGACGGGGGGCCAAGGCUGCGUCUCCUUCUGGGACCUGAGCUACGGGGAUCUGCUGCAAACGGUGUACCUGGGUCCCAGCGGAGACGGCCAGGGCGUCAGGCAGUUGCUCGUGCUCGACAACGCCGCCAUCGUCUGCGAUUUUGGCAGCGAGCUCAGCCUGGUUUAUGUCCCCUCUGUCCUGGAGAAGUUAGACUGAACGCUAUGACGUCAGCAACCGCCAGGCGGAAAAAAAAACAUUCUACUAUCUGAUUGGAUCGUUCGCAAUCAGAGUUUUGGAUGCUUGCAGGCAGCUAUUUGGUGCGUGGAAGGAGAGCGGUGCCUUUGGCGGUUGAUGAACGUUGCUUAUCGACUAUCGGAGAGUGUCCUAGGUAGUCCCAUAUUUCGCUAUUAUGUUCACUGGUAUUCUGCAGAAACAAUAGUACAAUGAAAUAGUUGGUAAUGGACAUUCUAACCAAAGCAACCAUUGUGGAGGUAAUCUAAAGGCUCAUUUAUGCUCUUCAUUUUCCUCUAUAUAUAUAUAUUUUUUUUUUUUUAAUCAAUUUUCAUUCUGAUCAGCUCUCUAAUGGACUGGUGGGACUGGGACCCUCUGGUGGGUGUUUAAGAGAACGCAUCCUUGAAAUUGGAGACAUUUGGAACCAGUGUUGUCACAAUACUAAACUUUCAAACUCAAUUUUUAUACUAAGGAAUAGACUAGAUACUCAAUACAAUUCCUAUACACGAUGAUAAUAAAAAAACACAAUUUAUUUAGACAGUAGAAUGUGAUUUUCAAUAUUUCCAACAUAGUACCUUCUUUUAUAUUACCAGAUGGUCAUAUCUGUGUAGUCUCUUAGUCGUCCAGUUAUGUUCCCUAGUGGUCCAUGGGGUUAUAUACAAGUCUAUGUGGUCUUAUACUUGUUAAGCUCAUUCUAAAGAUAUUCUGGAAAGAUUCAUUUCUGUCCUGUGAAUGUGACUUUUAUUUUUAGUAUUUAUACCUGCUCAAAUGAGUAUCUAGUUUUGAUGCUAGUUUUAAUCCGAUUUUUGAUCCUUUUGACAACCCGACUUGAGAGCGCACAGAUCUGUUUACGUACUAAGUUGAGCAUAAAUAAGCCUUAAGCUUGAAAUGUUUGGGACCGCAGGAGAGGAUCUGCAAGCAGGUGCCCUACAUGCUGCCAUUGCGCACGGACCAUUUUCUGUUCAGAGAUGGAAGGGCUCUGUCUUCCCUAAUAUUCCUGCUGUUUUUUUAGCAGUACCACGCAGCAACGAGGGGGCAGCGAGUCAAGAGGAACAAGUGUACAAUGAAACGUCCAGGGAUGGAUGUGUGAACGGUUUAUUUAUUGGGGAGGUGUUUUUGAAUAUAUAGGACUUAUCCAAGGAGCUCAUUUGAAAACUAAAGAGAUUACAGCCAUUGCAGUAGUACAACAGUAGUAGCUGUGACAUUUAAAAAUAAAAAAAGGAAAAGUUUAACGGUAAAAUGCUCAUGUUAAAUUACCACAUUUUUACUGUGUUACUACAUAAAAACACUACCUGAAAAAAAAGCUAGUUCAUUUUAAACAUUUCGUAGCAGUACAAAGUUAUUUACCUUAUGCACUGUAAUUAUUCACAGCAAUUUGUUUACAAGCACUUUUCACAACUCCGAGACUACAACUACCAUGCUAACACCCACUCCUGAUUAUCGGACAACAAAUGGUAAUAAUUAGAUGCAGACAGUGCACAGUGGACGUUUUUAAUCUAGACUACUAGUUUAAAAUAACAAAAAAAAAAAAAAAAACAGGAGUGUAUGGUUCAACAUUUAGCUGCUAUAUCAAUCUUACUCAAAGUAUUAUACAAGCCUGCAGCACGUACUUUUCAGUUGAUGUGACCAAUAGCCUUGUAGGGACAGGUGAUUUUCACAGCUAACAAUAGUUCUAACAGUGCACAAAUUAAUGUUGUGGCACUACUGCUGUAAAUGGAACUUUAAUUCCCUCACAUGUAUUUAUUUUUCUAUGUCAUUCAUUCAGAGAAAUACAGGUCUUAUAAGGAGUUGGCCUAUUUGUUUACGGUUUUAGUUUUCAAAUGAACUCAUAGCUUGGACUGAUUACUUGGAUUUGGGGUGUUCAGAGGAGAUGUGACGGGGACUAUGGCUGCAUAUAGAACAGUAGAUGGUGCAUUUUGUCUAUACAGAAUAAAUGGUAAUAAACAUUAGAAUUGCAACAUCCAAUAUCACUGUAAUAACACCUGCACAUUUCCAUAUAAAGAUUCUUGUAGUUUUCAUUGGUAAAGCCUUUAACAUUGAAUGAGGUGGUAGCGUAGAAAUCAUUUCAGAUCUACUGUUCUGUAUCCAUCCUGCAGAAGGAGCUUCAGCUGUACAGCUCCAUGUGGCUACCUCCCUUUUCCAAACUGCUUGUAUUUCAGUAUACUGACAUUAUUGUGUUUACGUUGGCUACUGUAUUUUUAUGCUAAACUGUGCCCUUUAGAGAUUUCUUCCACAGCAUAUUAUUGUACAGAUUCUUCAUUCCUUUCAGUUCUAUUUCAACAAAAUGUUUGCGACCAUUUCGCUCUACAACCUGCUGCCUGGUUCAUAGUAAAAAUGUGAACAAGGAUAUUCUUUGAGUAGACACAGAUGAACCACAAAUCUAGUGCUUUACUUUUAGAUGUAUAUAUAUUCAUACAUACUGUAUGUGGAAUAAACAUUUGGCUAUAACAAGCAGCCGCUAGCAAUGCUCCUCAAAUUUUUACUAUACAAAUAUUUUAAUAUUGGAUAUUUACUCAUGUCUGGAGUAAAAAACUAGCCUAGUAAAAUCUCAUUCACUAAAAUAAAAUCUCAUUCACUAAAAUAAAAAUCAAAGUCGAAAAAUAGGCCAUACAUGCUAUUUCUCUUCCAAAGUAGUAACGUGGGAUUUAUUGCGUUAAAUUACCAAAAGUAUGUUGUAUUUUGUUAGGAGCAUAGGCCUACAGUUUACAGCUUAUGUGAUAGCCAUAAUAGUUUCAUUUUGGAAAGCUUUUUAGUUCUGUUUACAUAUUAAUAAAGAAAUGUAUGAAAAAUGUCAAAGUUUCACGACAGAGCUGUGUAGUGUCAUUUGCUUGCAAUUGCUAGCUCCUAAAGUUAACUGGAGUCAAACAUGAGCUGUAAAUUUCAGCUGCUAGACGUUAUUUAACUUUUUUUUACUAAUCAUUAACGCUCAACAAAAAAACAAAAAAAAAAAUGUCAAUUUGUCAUGAAAAUUGUACAAUUGUGGUUUCUGUGAAGGCACAAACAACAGAAUGUACUUCAACCUCAGCUAUGCUGAAUGUACAACCAUGUUCAAACAAGUGCUGCACCGUUAGCACUGAGGC